AUGUGCUAUGGCUUACAAUACCCAAACGACCUCCUCGCCUCUCUCGACACCAUAAACGACAUUCCUCUCCUCCCCUCACGAACAUUCGCAGAUUUACACUUAUCGCAUACGCUCUCCCACCCGCCCGACCACGUCCUCUUCCCCUUUUUGCAUGGCUUGGAAGGCGAUAAUCAUGCUCAGAAUACGUUCUUCUCGUCUUCGGGGACGGCGAUACAUCAUGCUCGUCAUGUCCCGCCCGAGCAUAAGCAGAUACGCCCGAAAGUGCCGGAGUAUAGAGGGUUGGUGUGGGUCGUGUGCGAGGAGGAUGUAGAUGAUGUUGCGGCGCUUGGUGUCCUCAAACGCAAGCCUGUUGAUGAGCUUUCGUCGGUGUGUUCGUCCUCCGAGUCUAGCCAGGGCGACGAGUCUUCGUCUGGCGUUUCGUCGUCCGAGUCUUCGGAGUCUUCGUAUGGCGACGACGACGAUGAGUUUGAGUGUGAGGACGAGGCGGACGUUGUUCCGUUCGUUGACUCUCCGAUGGAUGUUGAGGGUGUGGUGCAUCAUGUGGGUGUGGCGAUGGGCGAAGAAGAGAUUUUACAGGAGCCUGGGAUUAUGGUCGUGGAUUCUGAAGAGAUAAAGGCGAAACAACAACAACAACAGCACCAGGGAGGGGAGGAGGAACAGAAACAUAUGCAUCCGGUUGUACAUCACCGCCCGGGGAUACCUAUCCAUAUCCCCCAGCAGCAUGUAGUGGGCGGCGUACAUACGCCCGAGUCGAGCGUUUCGUCUUCGUCGGCUAGUACGGGUACUGAGCCUGUCAGUUUGGGUGAUGCUGAGGAAAAUGAAUCAACACAGAAAUCAAACCCACCUCCAAUGAAGGAGGAAGUCCCACCACAGCCAACGAAGAGAAAACCAGCAACGACAGACCCUGCUGCUCCACCUUUGUUGACGUCCACAUUUAGGCCUAAAGAAUUGUUGAGGAGGGUAAGGAGGAGUUCGGCUGUGGUGCCUCCACCGCCUCCUCCUCCUGCGCCUUCUUCUCCCACUUCUGGUUCCACUUCUGACUCUCCUACUGCUGGUCCUGAUCCUGCUUUGGCCGCCUUUUCUACUACUCUUUCUCCUGCGUCUGACACUUCUACCUCCCCUCCCCCCUCUUCUCCGUCUUCCACCCCUUUGGUUGAGACCAAGCCCUCUAAAGACGCUAAAGACAAAGGCGACCCCAACAACAAAGAAAAGGAAAAGGGCCCAAAGGAAAAAUGGGAAUUCGUGCCUACACGAGUCCCUGAUGGGAUUUCGUUGAGGAAUUUUGGGAUUCAAGUUCCAAUAUACGCAACCCUCUCCGACAUCGUCAUUUACUCACCCAAAGGCGCUACACCAGCAGCCAUCGCGCUAGCUGAAAAGUUCCGAGAAGCGAUACAGAAGAAGCGGAAGGAAAGGAUUGAGGCUAGGAGGCCGGGGUUACGCCAUUCCACCACUGCCACUUCUACUUCUUCCUCUUCCUCUAAACCCGAUAAAGUGCAAGUGGGAGUGGGAAUGGGAGAGAGUAAGAGCGCCCCUGCACACAUCGAGCAUACCGCUCAAAUCGACAACCAGGAAGAAGAGAAGCCAGCGGCUGUGGAAGAGGCGCGUAAAGAGGAGGAGGAAGAGCAAGGCGAUCUGGAAACCCAGUUGUUGCAAUACAACGUUUUCGUGCUGAAUGCGACGUGUGAAGAGAUGAGGAAGGAGAUGCCGCAUCUUAUGAUGCGGAUUUGUGGGGCUGGUGUUCCGGGGGGUUUGGUGUUGAGCAACGAAGGGACUGGGGAGCAGGGGAUGUGUGCGUCGCCUGUUGAGGAAUUUGGGGUUGGGGAACUGGGAGCGUGCAUGGACGCUUCUAUUGGUGCACACACGGAUGGGCCGGAUGGGCAUUUGAUUGAACAGUGGGGGGAGGAGCAGAGGGAUUUGGACGAGAGGAGGGAGAGGGAGAGGGAAAGGAAGAGGGUUAGGGGGGAGGGGGUUGGUAUGGAUGUUGAUAUGGUUGGUGAUAUGGAUUUGGGUGGUGGGGAUCAGAACCAGAACCAGAACCAGAAUCAGAACGAAGAAAACCUGGGUGGUGUAGGUGGGAGGGGUAUAGUGGACGAUAGGGGGAGCGACGACGUUGAUAUGCGAGAAGAAGAGCAUUAUCACGAAGACUCUGACGAGGAAGGCGGCGAUGCUUUUCCGAAUACUGUGGAUUUUGCGUUGAGGGAGAAGGAGGAGAUGCGCGAUUUGACGAAGGCUUCGGAGAUUAUUAGUCUUUUCCCGCUUGUUGAGCAGGUUGGGCAGGGGCAGGGCAACGAGCAGCAGCAGCAGCAUCAUCAACAACAACAACGACACCACCAUUUCUUGCAGCACCAACGACCGAUUUUCUUGCCACAGCAACAACAACAACAGGUCUUCCGGUCUUUCCCAUCUGCACUUCCUGCAUAUGCGCAUCUUCACCCAGAUUCAACGGUUGAUAUAUCAACCACUUCGUCGUUCUUCGAUCCUAGAGUCGGCCAGGUGUUCCUUGGCAAUUCGGGGGAUGUUCCUUUGACGCCGGACGUUCCUAAUGUUUUCAAGCACGCUGCUGCUUCUUCUUCUAUACAGGUCUUGGGCGAUAAAGAAGAAGAACAGCUGCCUCUUGAUGAUCCGUUCAAUUAUCGCGCUACGAAUGAUCCCAAGAUGGGGUACGGGUAUGAUAUUUGCGUGGAGUGCCAUGAUCUUGCGCCGUUCCCGAGCGCUGCACAUCUGCGGGCGGCAGAGGAGCACCUUGGGAUGUUGGAUGUUAUGUGGAAUGAUCGGUGGAUUGCACGGCAGCAGAAACGCCAACGUGAAGGAGGAGGAGGGGAAGUGGGUCCACCACCACCUCGUCCUCCACCCCAUGCGAAUGCGGUGAUCCACUUGCCUUUCCCGAGCUCUCCGUCGAACUCGCAGGCGACGAUGUCGGCUCUCAUGCCUGUUGUGAGGUUUUUGGAGAAAUGGUUGAAGCCUGUGCCGACACCACCACCUCCUCCUCCGGCUAGACCUGCGACUCCACCAGUGCUGAUCCCUACGAGACCGAAUACGCCGCCUGUUGGUGGUGCUGAAGGACCCUCGAGUGCACCUGGGCCUGGUGCAGCUUCUAAUGCGAGGAGAUGGUCGUCUGUUACGUCUUUGAUGCCUUCCUUCCCGUCUUUCAACCCUCUUGGAACGGGGAGGACUUCGCCUUCGCCUUCUCCUGCUACUUUACCUUCCACGGCUCCCCUACCCCAAGGUCGUACCCGCUCGUAUACGAACCCCUCACCUGCACUUAGACCUGCGCCUCCUCCUAGUACACCCGCCCGUGGCCGUUCUCGACCUUUAAAGGUGCUCAUUUACUCUUCUGAUGGGUAUACGGAAUCGUCUGUUCCUGCUUUGUGUCUCCUCAUGGCGAUAAAGGGGCUUGCGUUGCCAGAGGCGUACCUUGAGCUCCAGGUAGCCAAGCGCCGUAGCUUUUUUGUGUAUCAAGGUGAUUUGGGGAUUCUUAGACGGGUGGAAGCGAGGAUGAAGGAGGAGAGGGAACGCGAGAGGGAGAGGGAAAGGGAGAGGGAACGCGAGAGGGAGAGGAUGAUGAUUAUGAAUGUAGGUGGGGUAGGGGUUGGUGGGAUCAAUGCAAAUGGGAAAAGGACUGCUCCGAACCCGGGUAGGGUGGGCAGUUACUGGUCCAGUCCGGGUGUGACGGGAGGCUAUUAUGGGAAUGCGAACUCCAAUACCACCCAUAUUGGUUUCACGACUUCGACUUCGACUUAUUUCCCUGUUAGACCACCCCCGUCCCACUCGCAGCCUAUUAUAGGACGACCGGCUGCAAAGUCCGUUUCUUUUGCACAUGCGCCGGUUAUAGCGCCCCCUCCUCCGUCUCCACCCAUUGUUGUUCCGUCGCAGCAGCAAAAUAGGGUGGUGGCUUCGCCGACUGCGACGUACGGGACUAGUCUCCCGUUACAGACCAGCGCAGCAGGUAUACCGCUCAGACUUGAGGGUACGGUCGUACCCAUCUUAAACACAGCAUCGACUGUCGAAGUGCAAAGCGCGGUGAAGGGCCGUCCACGGGCGAAUACCAGUCCUUGGUUGCCGAGCUUGUUUGGUGGGGACCAUCAAUCGUGGUUCAAUGAUCCACGGUUCGAUGGGAGUUUCCCGAGUCGAGUGCUGCCGUUUUUGUAUCUGGGGAAUUUGAAUCAUGCGUCGAACGUGUACAUGCUUCAUGCUCUCGGUAUCACGCACGUUGUUUCUGUAGGCGAGUGUGCGCUGGUACCGCCUCCACAUCAUUUGGCUCCUCAUGCUGCGUACAAUACGGCUGGGGGGUAUCAUCGACCGGCUCCUGGAUCGCAUUUCGUUGCGGGGAAAGGACCUGGGGGACAUGGCUCGCUGUGGCAUGAAGAGAGAGAGGGUCGUAUCAAGGUUCUGGAUAUCAAAGGCGUGUGUGACGACGGUAUCGACACCUUGGAACCACAGCUUGAGCCUGUGUGUGAUUGGAUUGACCAGGCGCGUCAGGAGGGCGGUCAAGUCUUAGUCCAUUGCCGUGUUGGCGUAUCGCGCAGUGCAACUGUUACCAUUGCAUAUGUGAUGAAACACCUUGGCUUACCAUUGGUGGAUGCGUACCUCAUUGUUCGGUCCCGACGGCUGUCAGUCCUCAUCCAGCCUAACAUGCGUCUUCUUUAUAACCUUUGUGGAUGGGAGAUCAAGCUCGCGAAAGAACGCGCGAAAUCUGACACGCGCAAGCUGAAAAGGGAGCUGGCAAGGACGUUGAUUUGGCCGUAUCUUGCAAAAGAGGUUCAUGCCCUCAACGAAAAGUACCUCCAUUGA